AUGCUGCGGGCUAGCUGCUUCCUCCACCUCCUCCUCCUGGGGGGCGCUCUAGCACAUCCGGACCGGAUCCUUUUCCCUCAUCCUGCCUGUGAAGAGCCCUUACUGUUGGAAGGGCAGGGAACCUUGCAGAGACCCCUGACCCGGGACAGCCAUACCUCCUCUGCCAACUGCACAUGGCUCAUCCUGGGCAGCAAAGAGCAGACUGUAACUAUCAGGUUCCAGAAGCUGCAUUUGGCCUGUGGCUCAGAACGCCUAAUCUUGUACUCCCCUCUUCAGCCACUCAUCUCCCUAUGCCAGGCACCUGCCAGCCCCCUGCAGCUUCCUGGUGGCAACGUCACCAUUACCUACAUCUAUGCUGGGGGCCGAGCCCCCAUGGGCCAGGGCUUCUUGCUCUCCUACAACCAAGAUUGGCUGAUGUGCCUGCAGGAAGAGUUCCAGUGCCUGAACCAUCGUUGUAUACCCAGGACCCAGCACUGUGAUGGGGUUGAUGACUGUGGGGACAGCUCGGAUGAGACAGGCUGCAGCUCAGACCUAUUCCUUGGCCCAACUCCAGCUGCUUUCCUCACCCCACCCUGCAAUCAUACCUUGGAGGACUUCUAUGGUGUCUUCUCCUCCCCUGGAUACUCAAAUCUAGCAUCAGGCUCCCACCCCCAGUCCUGCCUCUGGCUGCUAGACCCCCAUGAUGGCAGGCGGCUAGCAGUACGCUUCACAGCCCUGGAUCUGGGCUAUGGGGAUGCAGUGCAUAUAUAUGAUGGCGCUGGGCCCCCAGAAACGCCCCGGCUGCUGCGCAGCCUCACCUAUUUCAGCAAUGGCAAAGCUGUCACUGUGGAGACGCUAUCUGGCCAGGCUGUUGUGGCCUACCACACAGUUGCUUGGAGCAGUGGUCGGGGCUUUAAUGCUACCUACCAUGUCCGCGGCUACUGCUUGCCUUGGGACCGCCCCUGCAGUUCAGGCUCUGGCCUAGGGGCUGGCGAGGGCCUAGGUGAACGCUGCUACAGUGAGGCACAGCGUUGUGAUGGCUCAUGGGACUGUGCCGACGGCACUGAUGAGGAGGACUGCCCCGGCUGCCCUCCUGGGCACUUCCCCUGUGGAGCUGCUGGCACCGCUGCUGCCACAGCCUGCUACCUGCCUGCUGACCGAUGCAACUACCAGACCUUCUGUGCAGACGGAGCAGAUGAAAAGCGCUGUCGGCACUGCCAGCCUGGCAACUUCCGCUGCCGAGACGAGAAGUGUGUGUAUGAAACAUGGGUAUGUGAUGGGCAGCCGGACUGUGCCGACGGCAGCGAUGAGUGGGACUGCUCCUACACCCUGCCCCGCAAAGUCAUCACAGCCGCGGUCAUUGGCAGCCUCGUCUGUGGUCUGCUGCUGGUCAUUGCCCUGGGCUGCACCUGUAAGCUCUACGCCAUACGGACGCAGGAGUACAGCAUCUUUGCUCCACUUUCCCGGAUGGAGGCUGAAAUUGUACAACAGCAGGCACCCCCUUCCUAUGGGCAACUCAUUGCCCAGGGUGCCAUCCCACCUGUAGAGGACUUCCCUACAGAAAACCCUAAUGAUAACUCAGUGCUGGGCAACCUGCGUUCCCUGCUACAAAUCUUGCGCCAGGAUAUGACUCCAGGGGGAACCUCAGGGACCCGUCGCCGCCAGCGAGGACGCUGGGUGCGCCGCUUGAUCCGACGUCUCCGCCGCUGGGGCCUGCUUCCUCGAACCAGCACAACAGCCCGAGCCCCUGAGGCCAGAUCCCAGGUCACACCUGCUUCUCCUGUUGAGGCUCUUGAUGGCAGCACAAGUCCAGUCUCUGAAGGUGGGGCAGUGGGUGGGCAGGAUGGGGAUCAAGCACCCCCACUGCCUGUCAAGGCUCCCCUCCCGUCUGUUAGCACAUCACCAGCCUUCUCUGAGAUUCCUGGGCCACUGCCCUCAGCAUCCCUUGAGCCAUCACUGCUGUCUGGAAUGGUGCAGGUCCUACGGGGCCGCCUUCUGCCCAAUCUGCGGACCCCAGGACCAGCCCGGAUCCUACCUGGACCCCACACAGUCCUGUCCCCAGAGGAUGAGGAUGAUGUGCUGCUUCUGCCACUGGCUGAGCCGGAGGUCUGGGUAGUUGAGGCAGAGGAUGAGCCACUGCUUUCCUGA